CAUCCCUUCAGCCUCAGGCUGGUCCAGCAAACCAGCACCAGCUGCAUCCAGUGGAGCUCUCCCACCCCAUAUAUCUAGCCCAACAGCACACAGCUCCCAUCUCUACCAACACAAGCUUCCCUGCUCCUUUCUGAACGCAUUAAGCCACACAGCCUCAGGAAAUAAUGACUUUUAGGCAACACAACGCCCAGGAUCCGCCACCAUCUUGAACGCGGGUGGCGCGCCGCCAUCUUGGGUGAGGCUCUUCCUUUCCCUUACAAAGGGAGCGAUCCCGGGGCGGGCAGGUGAGUUCAGUGCUGUGGUUGUCCUCGCAAGGUUACAUGAGUCAGACUGGGCUGUGGGGAGCUGCUCCUGAAGAUGUACAUGUUGAUUGAAACCCGCACGAGUUCCCUUCUUCAUCUGAUGAGGUCACCUGGCAUCAGGUCUUGGUCUGUUUUUGUUGGAAUAGCCUCCAUAGGUUUGGCUGCUGCUUAUUACAGUGCAGACAGCUUGGCAUGGAAGCUCUUCUACGUAGCUGGAUGCUUCUUUGUGGCAGCACAGAAUCUGGAGCAGUGGGAGGAAGCUGUAUUUGACAAGAAGAAGGGGACAGUCUGCCUAAAAACAUUCAACCUUUACAAAAAGAUACUGACCUUCUCAAAAGGAGGCAGUGAACAAGUUGUUGCCCUACUGCAUGAGAUCAGAGAUGUGAAUGUGGAAGAGGAGACCGUGCGAUAUUUUGGGAAGGGUUACCUGGUUGUGCUACGAUUUAGCACUGGAUUUUCACACCCACUGACUCAGAGUGCUGUGCUGGGCUGCAGAAGUGAUGUGGAAGCAGUUGCCAAGCUUGUCACCAGUUUUCUGGAAUUGGACAGAGCAGAGAGCCAAGGAGAUGUCUAUGAGAGCAGCGAAACAGAGCCUAGUGAUGCUGAUGAACCCCAAGAUGAAUAUUAAUAGUCAUGAGCUGAAGAAAGCGGAGACAUUCAAAGAUCUGGAAAUGACAGAUCGGUUGUUCUUCAUUAUAAAAUUCUUCAGUCUUGACUUGGGCAUUUCUCCACACGUGCACUUACAGUGGGAGCAGUCUGUCUUAGGGCACCUUCAUUAGUGCUAAACUGCUUCAAGAGCUGUGCUCCCAAUUGUAGAAUUGAAAGCAAAUUCUAUCUUAGUUCCUGGAUGUGGACACUGCUGUCUUUUGAACUUUGUCAGCUCGUCACAAUUGCCUAGGAGUAGUUAUUUAUUAUUGUACAGGUUUAAAAAUGUACUUUCCCAUUAAUGAAUUGGAGCUAUAGAUGUAAGCUUCCACUUAAUGCAAAGAUCUGCAGGUACAGUAUAUGAAAUGCAGAAUAGCUGAAUUUAACUCAGAACACAGUGCUUUGAGGUUUUUUGAAAUCCUGUAAAUGAGUGAAUAUAAUGCUAAAUUGGUCUUAAGCAGCUUAAUAUAUGCACUAAGGUGAUGCAAGGUAGUGGCACUUUUAUAUUCUCUACUACUGACUUGCCAUUAGCAAUGGAAAUCAUGAGUGAUAGUCUGGAUUUUUAAACAUCAGGUUGCUCAACUUAUCUGACUUAGAAUUAAUAAGGAGCCAUAACUAAGAACCAACAAAUGAUCAUGUUGGUCAUUCAAUGCCUUUAUGUUCUGUUUAACUUCUGGGAAUAGACUACCCAAAGAAUAGCCUUAUUCUAGACUUAAAUGUUUACUAUUUUAACUGUGUAUUUAGGAAGGAAGAAAAUAGACAUUCCUUCAGGUAGGGAAAAGACUGAUGUCAGACACCAUGGCAGCCUAUGUUUGUUUAGUAUUUUGCUGUAGUAAUGAGGAAGUAAAUAGUAACUUAGGCAUUGCUUUUAAGAUAGCUGGGCUCAGUGUUUGGCUUGGGCCCGUGUGCUACUCUGUGUGUACUGCCUCUGUUCUGACCACUGUUUUCAUAAAUGGUUAAAAUGAUGAAUUUUCCAAGGUACUCUAUGAAGUAAAAGCUACCUCUUUUAGUCAACAUGUUCUGUCUUGAGCUGAAAUGUCAUUGUGCCUCUAUCAACUUGCUGGUACUACAAGUACAGAAAUUGUAAGAGCUAGAAGUUCCUUUCCUGUGCUAGAACUGCUUAUACUCGAGUUUACCAACUUGUGUUAGGAGUUGUAUGGAGUUAAGACCUGAAUUAGAAAAUACUGAUAGUUUCCUCUGGGAGGUCUGAAUAGCCUGCAAGGUGAUGGAGCAAUCUGCCUCCAUGCCAGCAGUUAAAUGUCUGUUGGCCUCUGUUUCUUCAGGACUUAACCCACAUUCCUAUUAAAAAACACUCUACCUCUAAAGAAGUGAAAGUUACGAAACGAUUUCAGUCGUGUGUUCCAUUGGUAACAGAAACUGUGUACGUUUAUCUGACCAAAGAACAGGUUGAUCUCACUUCCAGCCAUUUGUGAGACCAACACGCUCUUACUGCUGGUUUGAAAGGCUCAUCCAAGUGUAAUGGGGAGCUGCUCUUGAUGCAGCCUGACUGUGGCACCGAACCAGGUGUGUUAGUAUUAAAUAAGAACUUGUAAUCGUGUCAGGUAUCAAAACAGACCUCUAUCUGCAGAUGUGCUCUUGAAGUACUCCAAGUUUUCUGAUUACGUUGCUUUCAGUCUCUGCCUCGUCGUGGGGAAGAUACAAAUAAUGCUGUGGUUUUUCAGUUAAAAAUCAGUUUUUUAUAUAAGUAUUUACAUUGAUUUUAAACCGUGUCCUGCUUCAGCUGAGCUUUUCAUCAACCUUCUGUAUGUUCUUGACAUUAGCAUGAUGUACAUACAUGUCAUGCAAUACCAUUAUAUGGACUAAACCAAAAUGUAAGGAGACCUAGGAGGGUGAAGGACCUACAGAAAGGUAUUAGAUGGCUUGAGUUCUGUGAGCAAUGUUUUGUGGGAUAAGUUGUGUUUUUAGUUGACGUCCAAUGAUCAGUUCCUUUUAGAUGCAUAGGUGCAUGCCUCCCUCUCAGUAUCCUGCUAAGAGCAGGCAGGCAGGAGAGAGGAGUGCUGCACAAAUGGCAAAAUGGCUUGCAUUUGCACAGGUAAGCCACGCUGGCUUAUGUAUUGCAUGAAAAGUGCUAGUUCUGACACUAGUAGAUUGCUGGGAGGCAAAAACAUGUCUGGAAAAUAUUAGAAAUAGCUUUGCUGCUUCAGAAUGGAAGCAGGAUUUCAGCAAGGCCUUGUGUGUCUCUUUUCUAAUUAAAAUCUCCAUUGAUAAAAUCAA